UUAUGUUUCGGGUGAACAGUGUAAACGGGACGUGUACGACGACGACAGCUGCAGCUGCGGCCGCUACCUAGGGCCGAGUGUAAACAAAAAUCGUUGUCGCUUCAUAAUAUUAUUAUUAUAUGACUAACGCGAGGCGGGCGGCGUAUAAUCAAUUAUUAUCACUACUUCGACUGUAGCUGCUGGUGUAAUAUUAUUAUUAUUAUAGGUAGUAUUCGUAAAACAAAAACAAUAACAACACCGUUAAGAUUUAUCUACAAUAUUUUCGGCGUAGCACCUAUAACUUGGAUUCGCAUUGUAAUAUCAUUAUUACUAUACGGUAUACCGACUUGUUGUUUCUCAUCGAUUUUCAUUCGCAAGUGCAUCCGGCAACCGGCGGUGAAAGUACUUGAUAAAAACGCGCAUCAAACGGCAAUCCGCAAUGCGUAUCAUCUUCAUGGACGUCGAACACCUUCGGCCACCGCUGUCGUCGGUCCUAUUGAAUUGCUAUUGAAAAAAACUAUGCGAUGCCCGCCGAAUAAUAAUUGAGAUACAUUGCACCAUGUCCGUCGUAUCGCUCUCUACCGCAUAGUAGGCGCUGCCGCGAAAAUGGAUUAUGGAUGCCAACGACACGGGUGCGACAAGCUUAAGGACCAGUCGGCUGCGGGGCAACCGCUGACGAGAUCGUUGGAGAAACUGUUUGAAAACGCUCACAUGUGCGGCGAACUGAAAUUGUGCGGACGCAGACUAAAAAGUUUCCCGGCCCCGUCGAAAUAUGACGUGUCCGACACGAUUAUCGCAGAUCUCUCGAAAAACUGUUUCGCCAGUCUUCCGACCGAAGUCUACAAUUUCUGGUCACUGGAAUCUCUUAGCAUGCACAACAACGUGAUUCGAUCGAUACCCAGUACAAUCACGACACUCCAAUCAUUAACGUAUCUUGAUCUCAGUCGGAAUUACUUGAACUCUUUACCACCGACCAUAUUCCAGUUACCUCUUGAAAUACUAUUGUUGUCGAAAAAUAAACUCAAACAGUUGCCUUCCGAAAUUGGAUUCUGCAAAACUCUUCUGGAGCUCGAUGUAAGCUCCAACGCGCUUACUAAUUUACCGUCACAACUGGGACAACUGCUAUCAUUGAAAUGUUUAAACGCGCAAAACAAUUUACUCAUAGAGUUACCAUUAGAAAUAACCUAUUUAAAAUUAGUGAAACUAACAGUCAGUCAUAACAGAAUAGCGUCUUUACCUGUCGAACUGAGGUUAAUGUCCAGUUUGGAAAGUUUUGAUGUAGCCAAUAACCCGUUGGUGUCUCCUCCGUGUGAUGUGUGUACUAGAGGGCGUGUGUACAUAUUUAAGUGGCUAGAAAUGAAAAGCGUCAAGGAUGGUCGUAAUCGAGGAAUGUCUUCAUGGAAGUUCAGUUCUGUCAAGAAUAGUCAUCAUAGUCUGGAUAGUAAUAUGGACAGUUUGACAUUGUCAGAGCCGGCCAGCCUAGUACAUUCUUCUGACGAGGGUGCUAAUGGAAGUAUAGAAUACAUUAAUAAGUUGGAUAAGAAAAAUGGAGAGACAAAUGGUCACAAUAGUUACAACGCUAGUCCUGAAUUUUUACGAGCUAACAAAAGUAAUGGUGGAACAACAUCGAACUUGAUAAACAAAUUUAUCAACGGUAACAAUAGUAACGGCGUAGUCGGUGGUAGUAACAAACAAAACGACAAGCCUGCCAUGCACACACAAAGUUACAAAGAGUACAAAGAGUUCCUUAAGCAGCAACGAACCCAAGACAGUAUUUAUAAGGGUAAAAUACAAAACAAUGAUCAAAAGAGUAGUAAUAUCAUCGAUCAAAAAGUCAACAUCAACAAUAACUUACAAGAAGUCCGUCCAUACAUCAAACCUACCCCACCGGAUAUCAUACCCACCUCUGUGAACAAUUUUAACUUGUCAACAGUGCCGCCGUCAUAUCAGCGGCCGCCCAUGAAAGUCUGGUCCAAAGACAACGUGGCCAAGAGUAAAUUACAAUUCACCAUGAAACGCGAAUACGAGAAAGCCAAAGAAGAAGCUGAACUAGUGAAACAGUUGCGUGACACUAUCGAGUCGAGAUUGAAAAUGUCACUGCCCAGUGAAUUAGCGCCUGCUCUCAGCGACGGUGUCGUGCUUUGUUAUUUGGCAAACCACGUUAAACCGAGAUCUGUAGCCAGUAUUCACGUGCCUUCUCCCGCAGUUCCUAAGCUCACAAUGGCUCGAUGCAGGCGUAACGUGGACAAUUUUUUAGAAGCCUGUCGUAAAAUUGGAGUGAACGAAAAAAUGAUUUGUUGCGCUGUUGACAUUCUCGAAGGAAAAGGAAUCGUUCAAGUGGCCAUAACUGUGGCUGAACUUUUAAAAUUCCACACGCCUAAGUCACCGUCACAGUCCGUACAGGUCCCAUCGAUGGUCAAUCCUGAAGGGACCAUGUCGCUCCUAUCGUGUUUUCGUCGGAUGACGUCUUCGGAUCAACGGCGGCAAGACGAAUUCAUCAAAGAAAUCGAUCUGAACAAUUCGGAUCUGACCGACGUGCCAUUGCAAUUGUUCUUGUACGAGAGAACGUUAGAAAUACUACUGUUGUCUUCCAAUCACAUCAAAGAUCUCCCGUUGCCUUUAUUCCAUUGUGAACAAUUAAAAGUAUUACACCUCAGUGAUAAUAAGCUCGAUCAACUGCCAAAAGCCAUCGGAUCUCUAGUCAAUCUCAUAGAAUUGGAUGUUAGCCGAAAUUAUUUAACAACCAUUGACGAAAACAUUAAAGGAUGCAAGAAAUUAUCAAUCCUGAAUGUAAGCGUUAACCCAUUGUCUCAAUUUCCUAUUCCCUUAACGCAAAUACUAUGCUUGCGUGAACUUUGUUUGAACGACACACAACUAGAAUUUGUGCCAGCAAACAUUGGACGACUGUCGAAUCUGCGUGUAUUGGAACUAAGGGACAACAAAAUAUCUAAAUUACCCAAAGCCGUAUCCCGCCUGACAAAGUUAUACAGACUAGAUAUUGGCCAAAAUGAUUUUGAUAGUUUACCUUCGAUAAUUAGUGAACUCAGUGAUUUACAAGAACUCUGGAUAGAUUUCAAUGACAUUGAAGAAAUAUCGCUAGAAAUAAGUAAUUUGCACAGUUUAUGGUAUUUUGAUGCUAGCUACAACCGGAUAUGCACAAUAGAUGAAGACAUUCAGUAUUGUUCGAAAUUAAAAGAUUUUCACCUUUCGUUCAACAAUUUAAAAUGUUUACCUAGUUCUAUGAGACAUUUACACGAGUUAGUUACAAUGAAAAUAGACCAUAAUUCUCUGAAACAAAUCAACGGGAUUUUUGAAGGUCUUCAGAAUCUCGAAGAGCUUGAUGCCUCAUACAACUUCUUGGAAUUUUUACCACCCAGUGUAGGUUUAAUGAGAAAACUGACUGUGUUACGGCUGGACGCAAAUCGGCUCAACGAUGUACCAAUAGAAAUUUGUAGCUGUAGAAAUCUGCGAGAGCUCAGCCUCCGCUCCAACAAUUUAUCUAGCAUACCUGACGGAAUUGGGAGUUUACAAAACCUUAUUAUCCUUACAUUAACACAAAACCAAAUCAAAAGUCUUCCGCUUUCCAUUCUCAAACUGACUAAACUGAACGCACUCUGGCUAUCGGAAAAUCAGAGCAAACCGUUAACUCCGUUGCAAAACGAUUUCGAUUAUGACACUGGACAGCAUAUCUUAACGUGUUAUUUAUUGCCGCAAAUAGACGACGUCGGUUAUUCUGAAAAUAAACAAGAAUCUUUCAAACCGAUUCGGACCAACACAAAAAUCAGAUUUACCUUAGACUGUGAUAUGGAAGAACCGGGAAAUUUAAUGCGAGUACCCACACCACAUCCAAAAAAGAUGCGAGCACUCGCCAAAAUGUUUAUGGAAAGAAAACAAAAUAAUGAUGAAAUAGAGACAACAACAUCGAACAACAAUAACCCUUCACCGAUAAUGUCCAAUGAAGUAGAUUACGUAACCAACAUUGAUCAAGAAGCAGAAAAAAUGGAGCAGUUGUAUCAAAUGAAAAACAAUAGUACUAUAAAACAAACCGAAUUAUUUUCUCAUCCCAUCCAAAGCGUGCCAAGAGUUCCUCCGCCCUAUCACAUUGCAGCUGCAUAUUCGAAACAAAUACCUUUUUUCUAUAAUAGAAAGUUUACAUGACAGUUAUUGUACAGACAUACAUCAUUACUACUAUUCUUUAUCUACUUUGUAUCUAUUUGUACUUAACAACCCAAUACUUACGACUAAACAAAUGACAUAUUUUUAUAAAAAGUCUCAGAUUAACAUUUGAAAAGUGACGCUAUAGUGAGAUUUUGCGUAAUUUGUCUAUCAAUUUUAUUAUUUAAAUAUGUUAACAAAGUUCAAAUUAGUUGUGUUAAAUUUUAAU